AUGCAGAACCAGCCUGAAGAUCUCGCCGAGCUGCAGCGGCGGUACGCGUUUUUGGCUAACGUCACCUCGUCGAGCCUCGAGCACAUUCGCCUCGUCGCCGAAGAUGCGUUGAGAGAGCGGCACGAAGCGGGGGAGCUGCCGGCGUGGUCGCGUGGGAACGACGGGGCCCUUCGUGAGCUCCUGGAUGCCGUGGAGCGGGCGAAGCGCGAUGUGCAACUUGCCAGCGCGUUUUCGGCGACCGCGGCUCCGCCAGUGAAGGGGGCGGGGCCAUCGGCGGUGCCUGACAUUGCCGACAGCGACAGGGACGAGCGGGCUCGCGCGGAGGAGGUUUCCAGGGCGCAUCAGUUGGCCCGCGUUCUGCAGGAGCGGAACACCAUCAAAGCGAGUCUCAUGAACGUGGAGGGAAACUAUGCUUCGCUGCAGCGCAAGUUUAGCGCUGUGUCGGAGGAGCACAGCCGGCUGCUGCAGGCGCUGACGCGUACCGGAGCCGCGGACGCCAGCGCGGGGGACGCAGCUGCGGCGCUGGCCGAUCCGCGGAAUGCGCCUCUGGAGGUGGUGAAGGAGGCCAUGCGACAGCUGUACGAUCGCCGGGUGCGGGUGCUGGAGGAGGAGCUGAUGUCUGCACGGGAGGAGGUGCGCCGGGUGGGGGCUGAAGGCGGCGAGGGCAGGACGCGUCAGAGGAGGGUUGCCGCCGCGAAGCUGCAGGAAGUGGGGGGAUGCGUGGGCUCUGGCAGGACGUCGAGUGCCGGCGGAGAGCGCGAGGACAGCAAGGAGGGGCUGCGGCGGCAGAACACGUUUUUGCGAAAUAAGUUGGCGCUGCUGCGGGAGGAGCUUCACGUCAGCCAGCAGGCCGCCACUGGCUCUGCAGAGCAGACGCGUGAGGGCUUGGGUCGCCUGCUCACGACAAUCACGGGGCUUCGGCAGGAGGUUGCGGCGAAGGAGCGGCAGCGGGCCGCCGCAGUGCUUGCGCAGGAGGAGGCAACUCAAAAGGCGGAGCAGUUGGCAGCGCGCGUGGCGGCGUUGGACCGUCGCUCGCCCAAAGCGGCGUGUGAGGCGCGGCGUGGCACGGGCUUCGAUGGGGCCCCUCCCACACUCGCGGCCGCGCUUGCGGAGAGGGAGGCGGAGUUACGGCAGUUGCAACGGGACGUGAGCGAGCGUGAGGUUCGCGUGGGCCAGCUGACGCGCGUCCUCGCCAAGACCCAGGAGCUCCUGCGGGAGAAGGAGGGGAUGCAGGCAACGCUGCAGCUGAAGGCGUCGGAGGCGCAGGGGAUGUGGGAGGCCGCGCAGGCGCAGCUGCAGCACACGCGCGUGCAGGAGACGGCGCUGGCGGGACUCGAGCAGGCGGUGCGUCACGCGGUGGCGGAGCUGCGGCGCCUGCACCUCCGCGCGCUGGGCGACGAGGCCCCGGCGGGCGGCAGCGACGGUGGCGCGGAGGCCCACCUCAGCGGCGCGCUGCAGCGGCGUCUCGACGGCAUCCUUGAGCGACUGCGGGAGCUGGAGUGGCUGGAGCUGCAGCUGCGCCAGCGAGACGACGCAAUCGUUGUCCUGCAGGACGAGAAGGCGGAGCUCGAGGAGCGAAGCCGGCACCUGCAGCAGACACUGUCCAACCUCUCCCCGCUUUUCCACGCCAUACCGCAGACCCCGCUGCAGGUGGAGCAGCUGGUGCUGCAGCGCGAUGCUUUGCUCGCCGCCUUGCGCCGCUGCGAGGAGCUCGCCGUGGUGCCGAACACGAGGGAGACACUCAGGAGCAUUGAACUGCGAGAGAUUGAGUUGGCGGCGCGUCAGUCGGUGCGGCGGCGUUCCCCGCAGUGCCGCCCGCAGCUCCAGCAGCGCGCCGCCAACUCUCCCGCCGCUGCCUCGCCCGACGCCGCUCAGGCGGCCGCCCCGCCGGGGCGUGGGAGGUCGGAGGCCCGUUUGUCGUGCCGAUCCCCGUCCAUCGUUGUUGAGGAGCAGGAGCAGGAGGCGCCGGCGGGGGGCUGA